GGUGUAGUAAGUGAUAUUUCAUCAGCAGCAGAGCAAUUAGAUAUGGGUUCCUCCCAGCGGCAGUUAGUACUCCCAAUCCUGCUCCUUCUGGCCUUGGCCGGAACAGCACUGUGUGGAGUACAGGAGGUGCACAACGUUCUGGAGUUGACAGGACAGGCAGCGAAUAAGUUGAAGUUUUCCACGGAUGUGGCUACCGAAAAGUACACUCCCCCGGAGGAGAUGGAUCCCCAGUACUGGUACAACAUCGCCGACGAGGAGAUCACCAAGAGGCUACAACUACCACAACCCAAUUCCCAGAAGGCCAAGAACAUUAUUAUGUUCCUCGGAGAUGGCAUGCCUCUCUCCACCGUUGCAGCUGCUCGCAUCCUGAAAGGACAACGACAAGGAAACACCGGUGAGGAAUCCUCCCUGAGCUUCGAGCGAUUCCCCUACACGGGUUUGAGCAGGACCUACUGCUCCAAUGCCCAAGUGCCCGACUCCGCCUGCACUGCCACCGCGUAUUUGUGCGGCGUAAAGACCAACAUCGUCAAUAUCGGAGUAAGUGCAGCAGUGGAAUACAAUAACUGCACCGCCAGCCAGGAUCCCGCGAACCGCCUGACCUCCAUCGCCGAGUGGGCCCAGAAUGCUGGAAAGUCCACUGGUAUUGUGACCACCACCACCCUGACCCACGCCAGUCCUUCGGGAGCAUAUGCAAAGACAGCCAACCGCAUGUGGGAAUGCGACACGGAUGUGACCAGCUAUGGUGUGGAUGCCAAUUCCUGCAUUGACAUGGCCACCCAGCUUGUCACCCAGACGCCCGGCAAGAACUUCGAGGUCAUGUUCGGCGGCGGAAUGGGCAAGUUCCUCCCCAACUCCAUCGUUGAUUCUCACGGAAACCCUGGUGAGCGAUCCGACGGAGUGAAUCUGCUUUCCCGCUGGCAGGGACUCCACGAUGGAGGCGUCUUGGUCACCAAUCGCAAUCAGCUGCUUAAACUGAACGUGUCAGCAGUGUCCAGUGUCAUUGGUCUCUUCCAGUCCAAGCUAAUGAACUUCCACUUGGAGGCUGAUGACACCUACCAGCCAACCCUCUCCGAACUCACUGAGGUGACCAUCAAGAAGCUCAGCCAGAACAAGGAACACGGAUACUUUGCGUUCAUUGAAGGUGGUCUAAUUGACUAUGGCAACCACUACACCAAAGCUGGCUAUGCUCUGGAUGAGGCCCUGGAAUUCGAGAAGGCCAUUCAGUUGGCCCGUGACAUGACGGACAUCGAGGACACUUUAAUUGUGGUGACCGCUGAUCACGGACACGCCGUCAGCAUAGCCGGCUAUCCUGGCAGAGGAACACCCAUCCUGGGAAUCAAUCAACAUGACACCGACAUCAACGGAGUGCAGUACUCGGUUCUGAACUAUGCAGCUGGACCCAAUCAGUAUCUGGAUGAGAACGGACAGCGCAUUCCUUUGGACGAUAUCCUUGGCUCGGACGACGCCAUCACCCCCAGCUACAUUCCCAAGGAUCAGGGCGUCCACUCCGGCGAGGACGUGGGCAUAUUCGCCUCCGGACCUCAGAGUCACCUCUUCACCGGAGUGAUGCAGCAGAGCACCAUUCCCCAUCUGAUGGCAUAUGCUGCGUGCAUUGGAAGCGGAAAGCAGGUCUGCGACAACUAAGAAGGCAGAAAAAUCUGUUUUCAAUGUUCGCCAACAACUUCUUUCUGUAAUAAAAAUGUAGCACACAUAAUGAAUGUGUGUAUGUUUUGAAUUAAUUAAUUAAGAUACUAGAAUGGGUAGUCUUGAAAAGCCCUAUGGAAAACCUGGUCCAUGGAAAGAGAUUUUAAUCAAUAUUGCCAAUGAAGACAUAGACAAAAUAUAACCCCAAAAUAUAACCUUCAGAUCUUUGUAGGCUUGGGUUCAAAAAUUAAACUAUGGCGAGUGUUGCCAUAUGCUUUUGAACUGGUAGCCAGCCUAUUGGCUGAAUUACCCCUUAUAACCAUAAACCUUAAUGACUUAAGGAUUGUGUAAAUAUAAACUGAGAUUUUUCGGAGACAGUUAAGCUAUCUGAGAAUAUGGCACGAAAAGACGACAGUUAAGAUAACAUUUAUCUUAUAUGAGUCUACAUUUAGACGCGUGUAAAACGUUUUAUGCAAUCUGAACUAUAUCCAAUAUGUUGAAUAAUAUUUUCGAUAAUUUCAUCAACCAAUUCAAAAAG